GCCCCUGUUUCCACAAUAAAAAUGUGAUCACACCGACUGAAAAGAUUGCGCAAGACUAAAAGAUAAGCUUAAAACUGAGUAGCUGUGCUUUUCUGAUGUGAUUUUACAGUCAGAUUAUUGUAAAAUUGUGAAGAUGAAGGUGCCGUUGUAUGCGAGCGCUGGUGCUGCGACUUCUUGUGUUGCGUUCCUUUUUGGAAUGGACACUGGAAGUAUUGGUCCUAUCACGACAAUGGCUGCCUUCAAGGAUACCUUUGGUGACUUCUCCGCAACAAUUCACGGCGUUAUUGUCUCGACAAUUCUCAUCCCCGGAGCUUUGACAGCACUCAUCGCUGGCGCUCUAGCCCAUCGUUUCGGACAUGUGAGACUCAUUGCCAUUGGUUCUAUCAUAUUCGGUAUUGGUGCCGCUAUCGAGUGCGGCGCUCCUUAUCUUGGUGUCUUUAUCCUCGGUCGGCUCAUCAAAGGGAUGGGCGAAGGUCUGUUUCUCAGCAAUGUCUACGUUCAAGUUUCAGAAAUGUCUCCGUCGAGAGUAAGAGGAAUCAUGACUGCGCUUCCGCAGUUUCUCAUCACUACUGGUAUUGUUACUGGUUACUUCACGUGCUACGGGACAUCGCGACUUGGUAAUUCGUCUAUAACAUGGCGUUUGCCCCUCGCUAUUGUUGCAUUCCUUGGCGUUCUUCUGUCGAUGGUGGCUUUCAUCGUACCUCCAUCUCCACGUUGGCUGCUCUCCAAGGGACGAACGGACGAAGCUCGAACAGUGUGCCGACAACUUGGCAUUGAUGAAGUUGAAGAGAAAGAACUCCUUGCUCAAGUCUAUGAUACCCCUGGUGGCUUAGACGGUGAGACGUCGCUCUGGCAAGACAUUCAACAUACUUUCCAAGAUUUCAGGUGCGCAUUCUCAGGUCCAUAUCGUGGAAGAACGGCCUUUGCUUGCUUUCUCAUGGGGAUGCAGCAGUUCAGCGGCAUCGAUGGAGUUCUCUAUUAUGCCCCCAUUCUGUUCACGCAGGCAGGUCUUAGCGGCGAGAAAGCUUCGUUCCUAGCAUCUGGAGUUUCUGCUGUUGUGAUUCUUGCAGCAACCUUCCCUGCGACAAUCUUUGCGGAUCAAUGGGGUCGGCGUAUGCAGAGUAUCCUGGGUGGUGUUUUGAUCGUGAGCUUGAUGGUGAUCAUGGGAUCGCUGUAUGCGUCUGGGCAAGUUAAUCCAGAGUACGGUGCAGGUAGAUGGGUCGUCAUUGUCUGCAUUUACCUCUUCGCCAUUACUUUCAGCUUCACGUGGGCCAUUGGCUUUCGGACGUGGGUCGUUGAGAGUAUGCCAAGACGGACGAGAAGCAGUGCUUCGAGUCUUGCGCAAAGUUCAAAUUGGGCUGCUAACUACAUCGUGGCUCUCGUAACGCCAGUGUUGCUUGAUAAGUCUUCUUUUGGCGCGUACUACCUCUUUGCAGGAUGUAGUCUCGCGACAACGACCAUGGUUAUCCUUUUCAUGGGUGAGACGAAAGGUUACAGCUUGGAGGAGAUUGAGAAGAGGCAUGGGGAGGCGAGUGAGAAGAGAAUCCCAUUUAACCUGUGAUAUAAAGUUCGAGAACAACAUGGACGAGAGAGAAAUAAAGUAAUACAUAUCGAUGAAAAUUGUUAUGCAAAAUCUUCUGGAAC